UGCUGUGCCUGCUGCUGGCGGCGGCGGUCCCCACGGCCCCCGCGCCAGCUCCGACAGAGACUUCGGCGCCCGUCGGGCCCGGCCCGGUUCUCAGCUACCCGCAGGAGGAGGCCACUCUCAAUGAAAUGUUCCGCGAGGUGGAGGAACUGAUGGAGGACACGCAGCACAAACUGCGCAGCGCGGUGGAGGAGAUGGAGGCAGAAGAAGCUGCUGCUAAAACGUCGUCAGAAGUGAAUCUGACAGAUUUACCUCCAAGCUAUCACAAUGAGACCAACACGGAAACCAAAGUAGGAAAUAACACCAUCCACGUGCACCGAGAAAUUCACAAGGUCACCAACAACCAGACUGGACAAACGGUCUUUUCAGAGACAGUGAUAACGUCUGUGGGAGAUGAAGAAGGAAAAAGGAGCCACGAGUGCAUCAUUGACGAAGACUGCGGACCCCGCAGGUACUGCCAGUUUGCCAGCUUCCAGUACACCUGCCAGCCGUGCCGGGACCAGCAGACACUCUGCACCCGGGACAGUGAGUGCUGUGGAGAUCAGCUGUGCGUCUGGGGUCACUGCGCUAAAACGGCCACCAAAGGCAGCAAUGGGACCAUCUGUGACAACCAGAGGGACUGCCAGCCUGGGCUGUGCUGCGCCUUCCAGAGAGGUCUGUUGUUCCCUGUGUGCACACCACUGCCCGUGGAGGGUGAGCUCUGCCAUGACCCUGCCAGCCGGCUUCUGGACCUCAUCACCUGGGAACUGGAGCCUGAUGGAGCUUUGGACCGAUGCCCAUGUGCCAGUGGCCUCCUCUGCCAGCCUCACAGCCACAGCCUCGUGUAUGUGUGCAAGCCAACAUUCGUCGGGAGCCGCGACGACGGUGGGGAGAGCCUGGUGCCCAGAGAGGCCCCCGACGAGUACAGAGAUGGCAGCUUCAUUGAAGAGGUGCGCCAGGAGCUGGAGAACCUGGAGAGGAGCCUGUCAGUGGAAAUGGCUCUCAGGGAGCCCGAUGCCGCCUCUGAGCUGCUGGAGGGAGAGGAGAUUUAGACCCAGGCCUGUUAUGCGGGUAGACGUGCAAUAGAAGUAGCUAAUUUAUUUCCCCGGCUGUGUCCUCUAGGUGUCGGCUCACCAGACUUUUUACACGGUCUCUUUCCAGAACAUUUUUCCUCUGGCUUGAAACAAAAUGAGGUGCUGCACACUUGUCCAGCUCCCCCAGACUGUACAGCGUGCAUCACAGUUCUGGUGCCUGGGAAAAGGUGGGGUGUCAGGGUGAAGGCAGAACGGGGCUGCUAAACUGGUCCACAUUACUGGCCGCUUUGCCUCUGAUGGUUGACAGAUGGCACAUUUCAUUUUGUUCUAUGUCGCCUUGAAAAUUAUUGGAGGGGAGGGGAUGAAAAAGGAUAGAGAAUUUCCUCAUGUUGACCCUUAUACAUGUGGAGAAGGAUGCCCUGAUUUGCAAGUAUAAACCUGGCGAAAAUGCAACAAAUGAUUUUUUCAUGCAGUUCUUCACAUGGGCAUAGGUAAGCUGUGCCUUCACCUACUGCAGGUGAAACAUUCCGCUCCCUCCAAGUUACACGCAUUCAGCCUUUCAGCAGUGCUACUCAGCCCCUACCUCUGUGCCGGCGAAGCAGUUUCAUAUCCACAAUCAAGUCAUGCUCUCACCACACCCUGGUGAAGGGGGCAUUCUUCUCUCCAUCUGUCGGGAUCUCAGAGGCUCAGAGAUGUCAAGUUGCUUGCCCAAGUCACACGGCUAGUGAAGACCAGAGCAGGAUUUCACUCAAGUGUGACUUUAAGUCCAGUGCUCUCCCCACUACUCCCUACCACCCUUGGUGCCACGAAAACUACCCCCUAGAAAAAGGAAGAAUGAGAUUUUUCUUUUUUUGAGGCACAUCUGAAAAUAAGUCCACACAUCCCUAUAAGAGUAAACUUCUACUCUUAGAAACAGCACCGUUCUCUCCCUGGUGUGGGGGCACCCAUCAUUCCAGUGGAGACAAGGGGUAUUGACACUGCCCCCUACGGCAGUUAGUCACAUCAGUAACUUUGAAGGUACAUGAUUGGAGUAUAAUAUAUGCUAAUUUGCCAGAAACAGUAUUUGAGUAAUUUUAGGUCCAGGAUUAUAAAUGAAAUUUGCAAAAUCACUUACCAGCAACUGUGGACUGUUAUCAACCACAUGGAGAAAAUCAGACCAAGCAAGGCUCUGUGAAAUAUGGUUGUAAUAUCCAAACUGAGAGCACUGAACUGUAUGCUGUUCCACAAAUGAUAUUUUCAGGUGCCGUGGACUGUUUCCAUCAUAUAUUCAUCCAGAGUUAUUAAAUUUUAAAGUUGCACAUGAUUGUAUAAGCAUGCUUUCUUUGAGUUUUAAAUUAUGUAUAAACACAUAUGUUGCAUUUAGAAAUUAAGCAUAAAUCACUUAAACUACUCUUUUAUAGUUCUCGGACUUCCUUUUUCCUUUUGACUUAGAGUAAAUAUAAAACCUUUCCAGCCAGAAAAAUAAAAUAGAAAUGACCUGUAUUACAAAUAUAAUCUCUUCUAUGUAACUAAAAUUUCCAGACAACUGAAGCAUGCCUCUUUUAGCAUCAAAAUAUUUUAGAAAUGUUAACCAUUUUUGGACGGGAAUUAAGAGUGUCAAUGUUUCACUGUCUUCCAAAAGAGUAAAUGGAAUGUGUAUGA